AUGCUAUCUUUGUCACGAUUUAUCUUCCUUGUGUGCGUUUUACUUUGCGAAUCUGUAGAAGCUUAUAAAGAGAUCUGUAUCGGCGGCAGGGAACUCAACUGCCAGGAAUGGAAGAAUCAUAUGCUUGCAGAACACAACAGGGUCAGGAAGGACAAAAAUCUCCCACCAUUAGUGUGGAAUAGUCGAUUAGCAAAACAUGCCUUGGAAUAUGCACAAAAUUGUUCCCGCAAACACUCAGAUCCCAGCGACAGGAAGUACGACUCCGACUUAAAUUGUUACUGGAUUGGCGAAAACGGAUGGUCUGGAUAUCGCUCGUCAGGAGAUCAAGCAACAAAAGCGUUUGAAAAUGAACGGAAAUACUGGGAUGACAAAACUGAUAAAUGCAAGUUUCAUUGGACAAAAUGUGGUCAUUAUAAGCAGAUAAUUAGCCGUAGAACAUGCAUGCUAGGAUGUGGAAGGGCUAAAUGUGGCGAAAACAAAAGAAGGAUAUGGUGUUGGUAUGCCACCAACUGUCGUUCUUGUGAAUCUUCGAAAAAGAGAGAGCUUAUACAGUUGUUAGGACUGCGAUCAGUAGACGAUCUGUACGAUUUCGAACGAGACUUUCGCAAACAAGACAUGUCAACUGCCGCCCCUCCUACAAGACAACCUCCACCUUCUCAAGAAGUCACGGGGGUGAUGUCUGACGAGAGCGACGAGAAUAAGGAAGACAGGAGCGACUCCAUCGAAAUCAUUUGA